AUGAGCUUCUAGUCUUAAGAAUAAGUGGAAACUCUUACUAUUUUAGAAAAUAGACUAAAGUCUCUAUCAUUCUAAUAUAAAGAGCCAAUAAAUGAAAUUUAAAUUUUCAAAUAGUUUAUAAGCGACAAGGAUGAGGAAUUUGCAAUAUGGAAAAAUGCCGAAAGUCAAGUAAAAUCAGUUUGUGGAAAAGAUAUAAAAAAUGGAGAACUAACAUUUUAAUGUUUUACUUGUGCUCCUGAUCCCUUUCAUAUGUAUUGCUAUCAGUGCUUUGAUCCUGAUGUACAUAUAAGUAUUUUAUUUAUCUCAAAAAAGAUCAUAAAUGUAUUAUAAAGCAUAAAAUUGGUGGAGCUUGUGAUUGUGGAGAUGAAUAAACAAUUAUACCUUCUGGAUUCUGUUCUAAGCAUUAAGGGAUCUCAAAGUUUGAUUACAAUUAAGAAUUAAAAAAGAUUUCAGAGCCUUUAAAACAAAAAAUUGAAAAUUUUAUAAGAGCUCUUUCUUCUGUGUAUUUACAAUUAACAAAAAAAAUAAAAAGCGAUUAUCAUAAGUUUAAUUUAAAAAUACUCAAAUUAUAUCACAUAAGUGAAAAAUUGUUGAUAAUUCCUUUAAAAGAAACGAUAGAUUCUGAAUAUGAUAUUGAAGAUUAUUAUAAAAUCUUUUAAUAAGCAAUAUAUUUAAAUUCAAUACUUUUUAAGAUGUGUUAUUGGCUUACAGAAUCAAGAUUAUGUUUUAUAAUCUUACUUUCAUAGAUUUUUUAAUAAUAAUUAACACAAGAAUCAAAAUAAUCCAUAUUUGAAGAUUUGUUUGAAGUUCAAGUAUUAAUUGAAAGUUAAGGACCAUAACCAGCCUUGAUAAUUGAAAGCUUAUUAUUUAGAUUCUAUGCUGAUUAUUCGUUUAAGUAGUUUAUUUAAGUUUGUUACAUAAAAAAAUACUAAUCAAUGUGGUUACUGACAAGAUAAAAAGUAACCAGAUAUGAUAAUUAGAUAGAUGAAACUUUAAUAUAACUGUAAGAAAUAUCUAAUUCAAAAUUUGUUAGACUUUAAAAUGAAUAGUUGUUAUAAAUGGUUGAAAAUAUCAAAAUGUAUAUUAAAAGUUAUAAGAGUUCUCAAUAUAACUUGUAGAGAUUUUAUUUAUCCGAAAUUCAUGAAUAACAUACUCAAUAUGUAGCAGAAUAACUUCAAGAGCUAUUUCUAAAUAAUUAAAAUAUAUCAAUAGUUUACAAUUAUAUCAGGGAUUUAUAAGAUAUAAUUCAUUCUCAUAACCCCCUCUAAUCAUUUAAAUAAUUAUCCUACUCAAUGGUUUUUAAAUUGAGAUAUGAUUAUAGUUUCUUCCAUAAAAUGGGUUUUAAAUAACUUAAUUAGGCUCUUGCAAAAUAAUAAUUACAAUUUUACUCUGAAGAAAUUACUAAAGAAAUUAUACAAAACUUUAAAUAUCAAGAUUUCACUAUUACUGCUUUUAUAGAUUGUUUUAAUCGGAUUAAGCCUUAGCAUCUAAAUAUAGUUGAUGAAAAUUUAAUAAUUCGAUAAUAUGAUUUGUAAGAUGCAAUCUAUUUUCUAAUUUGUUAAUGCUAAGCUAUAGAAGUGAUUAAAACAGGACUAUUAAAACUAUUUGAUUCUUAAUCUGCUACUCCAUUAUUUAAAGAAAAUAUUACAAAAUUAAUGCUAAUAUAAUGCUAUUCUAUUUUGAAAAAAAAAAGCAAAUGCAUUUCAAUUGAUAUGUAACUACAUGAAGCCUAUAAAAAAUAUAUUGAAGUUAAAGAUUUAAGUGAAAAGGAGAUCUUUCAAAGGUUGUCUAAAAUUUAUUUGUUAUUGAUAAAAAGUAUAACUGUGAUUGAAAGAUUGUUUACUUUUUUCUUAUCUUAAUUAUAUUGUUUAAAAAAUUUUUCAUCAGGAAAAGAUUUUGAGUCAUAUAUUCUAAAUGUAUUAGAAGAAGAUAAGAAGGAGUUAAAAAUAAUCUUUUACGAAGUCUUAUCAAAAUGUUUAUAAGUUUAUACUUCAAUAUAUUUUUGUUAAAAUAAAAUUUUAGAAUAAAUCUAUUAAGGAUUAAGUGAUUAAAAUGAAUUGGUGAUACUUGAAUCUUAUGAUAGUUCAUUUUUAAAGUUUUAUUUAUUCAUAUAUGAAAAUGAAGGAUUUAAUGAUUUGUUUUAAAUUAUAAAAAAUCGUAAAAUACCUAUUGAGAGCGACAUGAAUAGAUUACUCUGGUAUAUAUAUUUAAAUUAAUCAUAGUUGUUUAUUAUUAAGAAUGUUAAGUUCUGAUCUUGAUUUAUAUAAUGUUUGUUGCUCAACCUCAUAAAAUCUUCAUAAAGAUUUAAAAUUAUCAUUGGCCAAAUCAAUCUAAAAUUUUUACAAUCUCUCAACUUAUCUCCAAUAUACUGAUAUUGAAAAUAAAUUAAAAAGAAUGGGGAUCAUAAGUUGUUCCUAUCUUCCAGAUCAUAUCUUAGAGAUUUGCGAAGUUGAUUAAGCUGUAAAAAAAUUAAAAUUAAAGCCUGAUUAUAAAAUUAUUUAUGAUCCAGCCAUUUUUAAUAUAAGUAAUUCUACCAAUAAUCAAAUUGUUGAAAAAUUAAUAGAAUAAAAUAAAUCUGAAAAGGAGAUUCAUUUAGGUAAUGGUAUUGAAUGGGAUGUUGAAUUAUUUUCAUAAACAAAUUUUAGAACUAUACUUUAUCAUCUUCUAAAAGAAUAUUGUAAAAGAGAAUACAUAUAAAAAAACAUUCAUUUAUUAGCAACAGAAGGAUUUGCAUUAAUUUAAACAUAUUAAUUGUUAUAUAUUUAAAUUAUAGCAGCUAAUUAUUUUAGAACCUAAGAAUUUAUAGUUGAUGUUCCUUCCAUUUUAGAUCAAUUUGAAUAAAUUCAAAAGAAAAAAGAGCGAAAAGAUGAUAUCCAAAGAAUAUAAGUUUUGAUAUCAGAAAUUAAUAAAAUUACAACAGUAGUUCAAAAAUUUACUGAAAAAUCAUAAAAUUAAGUCAAGAAUAAUUUAUAAAAUAAAAAGAAUCAAUUUAAAGACAAAUAUAAUAAACUAUAAAAAUCUGAAUUUCUAUAAGAUAUGCUUGAUAGUAACAAUAUUAAAGAAAAUAAUGAAGAUACCUAUGAUAAGGUAUGCUCAUCUUGUAGAUUACCUUUAAGUUAACAAAACAGUGUAGCCUUAUUAUUAUUGAUCAAGAAACCAUAAACUUCAAAUUUUUCAAUUAUUUCUAAAGAGAGUUUAGAUUAUUUCAAAAAUUAACAAUUCAAUUUAAUUGAUAUUGGAAUAGCAGAUUGUAAACACUAUUUCCAUUAAACUUGUUUAACAGAGGGAUUUUAAGCUGAUUAAAAAAAUAGAAGAUAAAAUGCUCCUAAUUGGGUUAAGAUUGGAUGUCCAGUUUGUAAGUUGCCUUGUACACUUACUUUACCUAUUUAAAUAUAAUUAACAAACUUUGAUGUAGAAACUUUUAAUUCAGAUCUUUAAUUAUUUGUCUCUGAAAAUUUUAAUGAGAGCUUAUUCGAAAAUUAAAUUACUGCAUUAGUAACCUUAACUUAAACAUAUUAUAAUAUUUUUUUUGAUUUGCUUGUAUCUUUAUUAUAAAACCUACCAGAGUAUAUUAGAAAUAAAAAAAGUAUUGUAUUCAAUUAGUUACUUAUGAUAUUAAAAUAAACAAAUAUAGAAGCAGCAAGAAUGUAAAUUAAAGAGAAAUUUUAAUUUUAGACAAAAAAUAAUUUAAUUUUAAAAAUAUUAUGUUUAAUCUAAAAAUAUGUUGUUCUUGAUAAAGAUUUAGAAAGAUUAAAACGAAAAAUAAUAAAGUGUUGCAUUUAAUAUAAUAUAAAAAAUGAUAUAAAAGCUUAGCUUGAAUUGUCAUUUGAUAUAAAAGAUGAAAUAUCUUAAUAAAUUUAAGAAUCUUUAUAAAAAACCCUAAUUUAAAAUAUUCCUUAUUAAUUUACAAUUAUAAAUUAAUAACAAUUAAUAGAGGAAUUGAAAUGUAUAAUUGGUUUAACUUUUAAGGAAUUCUACUGUAAAUAUUUUACUAAAAAAUGUUUUGCUUGUGGAUUUUACAAUAAAGACCAAAGAUAUAGAGGAUUUUCGAUGUGUUUAUUCUGUUCAAAAACAUUUUGUAUUUAUUCAUGUAAAAAGAACCUUCAAACAGGAAAUUUUAAUUAGCAUGCAAAUAACGAACAUAAUGGAAUAUCUAUUUAUAUAAAUUUAGAAAAUGGUUAUGUUACUUUAUUAUGCUCUCCAAUAUCAAUAUAAAAAUAUAAAUGCUUAUUUUAUAAUUAAUUAGGAUAAACGAUGGAUGUCUAAAAUUCGCAUGCAGAUUGGAAUACAUAUUGUUUAGAUAUUGAGAAAGUAAAAGAGUUAUCAUAAAUAAUAUUGAACAAUUCAUAUUAAGCAACAAUUAGAAAUUUAGAAGUUAGAUAAAAUUAAUUAGAUAUGGAUGGAUGGCUUUGAUUAAGAAUUCAGCGAUUAUUG